UUGCAGGAGAGAAUCCUCUUCUUCCAGUUGCUGACUUGGGGAGUAUCUGGCAGUGUGGUAGGGCGAAGUCUUCUGGCUACAAACCACUGUGAUCGUACUUCUCACAUCCCACACGGCGUGUCCGGACCAGCCGCGCACACCGUUGUCUACAACAGCAACAACAACCACCACUUCCACAAUAUCAUAAACAGCAGCAGCAGCAACACUAACUGCAACGACAGCUCAGGCUGCAGUGACGGCAAUCGUUUGAAUAACAGCACCAGCAGCGACAGUAGCACCAGCAGUAACAACAACAGCAGCAGCGGCGGAGGUCCCUGCCAUCCUCACCACCAUCAGCACGCCCAGCUGCCCCACAACCGCAGAGUGAUCAGUGGUAGCCCCUCUUUUAUCCCCGCACUGGGCAUUGUCGGUGUCGCUUUGGACGGUGCUCCUCAUUCCGGAGUCGUCUUCGCCAACGGCGACUGCAACGGCAGCAUCAUCAACAACAACAACAGCGGCAACAACAGCGGCACGACGACCACUCACCACGUCAGCGACAACAACAACAACGUCACCACGUUCGUCAGGACCAGCGGCGGCGGCGGCGGUGUGAGCGACAGCAACCAGCACGUCAGUUACGGUGGCCCCCCACAGCACAACGGCCGAGCUGUUGCCGCCUACACACUGACCGGCGCCUACCCCGGACCCGACACCGACAAGGUCCAGCACCACAGUCUGGCCGGCUAUAACGGGUUGGACUACACCAGCGCGGAGGUGACGACAGCCAGGUUUGACUCCGCCCAUAUCGCUUGCGUGAACCCGCCAGUGGCGGAGCCGGGCGUCUUAGCCCCGCCCCUGGAGCCGGGCGCGGUCCCGCCCACAUACUGCAUGAUGAGUGCCGGCGGCCAGGGUGGCGCCACCUACUGGAUGCCCAUGGUGGCAGUGCCGUACGCCGGCAACAUGGGACAGGUCAACCUGGGCUGGGGGCCCUCCCAUGACCUGUACGGGAAGGAUCUCCCUCUCUCAGUAUUACCGAAUGUCCGCGUGUGGCCAGCCCGGAGCGUACCAGCCCGGCCUGAUGUACCCGGCCCCAGCUGCUGGCGGAGAGAUGACCCCCACAGGCCCCGUGCUCAUGGACACCACGGGCGCCGGAUACAGCGGCGUGCUGGGAUGUCCGCCCGACGUGCACGCUACCCGUGAGUUCACUAGUGCCGCAGGGGGGCGUGUGGGCGGCGGCGGUGGCGGUGAGAGAACGCCGCGUGAAGCCGCCGCCAGGGUAGUGGUUGUAGGGAGCGAGGCCAGUAGUGUUGGCGGAGAGGGUUCGUUUGUUGACGAGGACUGUGAGGGAAAGAGUAAUAACAAUAACAACGCCUCCUCGACCGCUCAACCAGGUGAGAGUAAUGCGAGUCAUGCAAACAGAUUUGUGAAUCAUAAUAAGAGUCAUAAAACGUAUAGUGCCUCCAACAAUAAUGACGAAUCUGGGGACACUGUGAAUGGUGGGUGUGGGAAUCAUUCCGAAAACAGUAAUGAUAAUACUAAUGUGUCAGGUAGUGGCCCCAAAACAGAGGCAUCGACAGACAGUAGGCGAAAGCCGACCAGCGGCAAUGGUGUAAGUGAGAAUGGCGGUGAUGUCGAGGAGGAAGAAGAGGUCGGCGACAGCAUGGAGGUAGGCAGUGACGGCGACAGCGGUUGUCCGAGCGAGUGCACUGAUCUGUCUCCGCUCAGCGCGCCCGACACGGCCUUCACGAGCGGUGAAUUGGCGCCGGAAUCCUCCGCAGGCGUCGAAACGUCGCCAGGCGCGGGGAGUGGUGGCGGCGACAGCGUGAAGCCAGCGCCGCGCGGCAAACGCCGCUACUACAUGUACGGUAACCACAAGCUGGUGAAACCCAUCAAGGAGAUCCCGCUGCGCUUCCAGAUGCUGCUGGCCGAGACAAGCGCGGCGAAAGCACGCUGCGAGGGUCAGCCCAUCUACAUGCAACAACCGCCUCAGCACGCGCCGCAGCAGGCGGUCUACGACAUGGUGUACUACCCGGCGCCCGCCGCGGCCGCGGCCACCGCCGCUACUGACGGCAGCCAGCAGGCUGUGGGACUCAACGCGAACGCCUCCUGCUUUAUCCCGGGCCAAGCCGGGGAGUCGGCCUAUCUGCCGCCUGAAUGUUAUGCCAUGUGUCCCGUGUCCGGGUACUCGCCCAGCCCCGCAGUGUCCUCUAACCCCGCUGCUGUACCUAACAACCUGCCUUCUAACCCUGCUAGCCAUUCCUCUCUUCAGCCAGCUCCUCUUUUUGUGCCCCCUGCUCCUCCCAUGCACCCAGGCUCCACCCCACCCUCGUCCCAAGUCUGCCAAACGUUUAUCGUCUACUCUUCCCCUUCGUCUAGUAGCACUGCGAUAUCUCAGUCCUCUAAUUCUGCCACUGCCCAGCAGGUUCGCUCUAUAGCCAUGCCACCCCCACCUUUCCCUCCCCCUGCCACCCAGCCACCGCCUGUGGUCGAUCAUUUGCCCACUAAGUCUGCGCCUAGUCUUUCUCCAGCUGUCAACCAGGUUGUGAUGAGCGUGUCCGGGAACCUCUCACAAAGCAAGCCCACUGAGACGGCCAUAAAAUCGGCGUCCAGCACGGGCAAGGCGCCCACUGUUCUCACGAUCCCGCCUCCUAAUCACAUGCAAGCCCCGCCCCCUCACCUCAAUUCUACUCUUGCCCACAUUCCUCCCAGCUCCCUGCCCCCUCCUCAAAACCCAAACGUACACAUAAACAACACCACUGUCCUGACUGUUCCUCAGGUUGUCAAUCAUAUUGCUGCUGCCCCUCCCAACUCUGCGUCAGUGUCACACGCCCCGCCCCCAACUAUUCAUGUUUCUUCCACCAGUUCCCCCAACACGUAUUGCCCCAAUGCCCCCCAUGCGUACGACGCUAACUCCACUGGUCAGCAAUACAUGUAUAUCUACCCGUCUCCUCCCACAGGUCACUCGUCCCCGCCCUCUCAAGUGAUGUACAUGGUUAGCCCCUCCUACCCUUCUACUCAAGCCUAUCAGCAGACAGGGGUCCUAGUACCACCCAACUGCCCCGUUCCCGUGCAGUAGAAAGAAGAAAUUAAGAGAAGGGAAGCUGCAAAGAAGAAAUUGAAAGUGAAAGAAGAAGAAAAGAAAGCGUUAUGAAAGGGACAAGUAUAAAUAGAGACAGCACUCUCCGAAAGUAGAGCUUCUCUCAAGAAAACAUGAAGGUUAUCAGUUCUGAAACAGAUCCCAGAACAGCCAGCCCCCCAAAGCUUGAAUGUUAUCAACUUUGAAACAAAACCUAGAGCACCCAGUCGUCGAAAGCUUGAGUUUAAUCAACGCUGAAACGGAAGUCAGAAAACAGAACCCCAGGAAAACAUGAAUUUAAUCACCUGAGAUUGAAACGAAACUGAAAAUAGUCAGCCCGCGAAAGCUUGAAUUUUUAUCUACUUUGAAACGUGACUUAAAACAGAACCACAAGAAAACAUGAAUUUGAUCAA